AUGGUUCGGAAGGUGAAAGGCGGGUGGCAAAUAUGCCAAGACUAUAUUGAUCUAAACAAGGCAUGUUCAAAGGAUAGCUUUCCGUUGCCCCGAAUCGACCAGCUCAUAAACGCCACUACCGGCCAUGAUCUGCUCAGCUUCAUGGAUGCUUAUUCAAGCCUGAAAAAUGCUAGAGCAACAUAUCAAAGGCUGGUCAAUCGAAUCUUUGCCAAGCACAUCGGCAGUACUAUGGAAGUGUAUGUCGAUGAUAUGCUGGUGAAAAGUAGGACUACAGGGGAGCAUUUGCAUAACCUAUCCCUCAUGUUCAGCAUACUAAAGGAUUACCAAAUGAGAAUCGAGGCAAACCUCGAGAAAAUCAAGGCCAUAAUAGACAUGGAAAGGCCAAUGACACAGAAGAACAUUCAGAGCCUUACCGGACGUGUUGCCGCCUUAACCCGUUUCAUUUUCAAAGCCACCGAUAACACUGCAGUUAGCUCAGUACUGAUACACAAACUAGAGAAAGCAGAACUACCGAUCUUUUACAUCAGUAAAGCACUGCAGAGUGCAGAACUUCGAUUAAUCAAGUGGGCAAUCAAGCUGGGAGAGUUUGAUGUGCAAUUCAAGCCAAGACCUGCUGAGAAAUGCCAGGUCGUUGUUGACUUUCUCUCCAAACUAACACCUUCGGUAACACCCGAGCCAACACAUCCAAGUACUGAUGCCGAAGAGCAUGGCGUACCAAGUCCAAAAUAUUUCAAUCCUUCAAUCUCGAUAUGGAUUUUGAAUGUCGACGGCUCAGCAAAUCAACAAGGAUGUGGCGCUGGCUUGGUGUUAACUAUGCUAGACAGAGUCAAGAUUGAGUACGCCCUCUGUUUCAGUUUCAGAACGUCCAACAAUGAGGCCGAAUAUGAAGCUCUUCUGGUCGGCCUAUUCGCCUACCUGUCAGCUACACACCAAUUACUUCAAAAAUUCUGGGCCUAUGAGAUUCGGCAAAUACCCAGGACAGAAAACAGUCAUGCUGACACAUUGGCUAGAUUAGCUUUUAUCAUCAAUGACAAGAUAGGCAGUAAGGUUCCAGCAGAGAUUCUAGAUCAUCCAAGUAUAGUAACCUCUGAAGUAUGCACCGUAUGGUAUGGGAUAUGUGGAUGUCUCCAAUUCACGCUUACCUGA